UGAGCACCUCAGACAUGCCAGGAGGGGUACUGGAGGCAUCUACAGACAUUUUAUUUCUUCCCUACUCAACCCUGCAAGGUGUAUCCCCAAUUUACAGACGAGAAAACUGAUGCUAAGAUUAGACAAAGUACUAAACCAGGGUUUGAGUGUUGAUUUCUGAUGGUCUGAUUCCAUAUAUGUGUCCUAUGACCCUGCACAUCGCUACACCUACCUGGGACAGGUCUGCUUUCCCUUAGGGGCUGUCAUAUGUCCUCUUGGUUUCUAGAAGCUCUGGUUCUGUCUCCUCCAAUUCUUAACUUCCAUGACCCAGAGCCCUGACCCUGUGCUUCUCCCUGUCAGGUGCGACCCGGGCUGGGAGGGGCUGCACUGUGAGCGCUGUGUGAGGAUGCCUGGCUGCCAGCAUGGUACCUGCCACCAGCCAUGGCAGUGCAUCUGCCUCAGUGGCUGGGCGGGCAAGUUCUGUGACAAAGAUGAACAUAUCUGUACCACGCAGUCCCCCUGCCAGAAUGGAGGCCAGUGCAUGUAUGAUGGGGGCGGUGAGUACCAUUGUGUGUGCCUACCAGGCUUCCAUGGGCAUGACUGCGAGCGCAAGACUGGACCCUGUGAACAGGCAGGCUCCCCAUGCCGCAAUGGCGGGCAGUGCCAGGACGACCAGGGCUUUGCCCUCAACUUCACGUGCCGCUGCUUGGUGGGCUUUGUGGGUGCCCGCUGUGAGGUGAACGUGGAUGACUGCCUGAUGCGGCCUUGUGCUAACGGUGCCACGUGCCUUGACGGCAUAAACCGCUUCUCCUGCCUCUGUCCUGAGGGCUUUGCUGGACGCUUCUGCACCAUCAACCUGGAUGACUGUGCCAGCCGCCCAUGCCAGAGAGGGGCCCGGUGUCGGGACCGUGUCAAUGACUUCUACUGUCUCUGCCCUAGUGGCUAUGGUGGCAAGACUUGUGAGCUUGUCCUACCCGUCCCAGAUCCCCCCACCACAAUGGACACCCCUCUAGGGCCCACCUCAGCUGUGGUGGUACCUGCCACGGGGCCAGCCCCCCACAGUGCAGGGGCUGGUCUGCUGCGGAUUUCAGUGAAAGAGGUGGUGCGGAGGCAAGAGGCUGGGCUAGGUGAGCCUGGCCUGGUGGCCCUGGUGGUGUUUGGGGCCCUCACUGCUGCCCUGGUUCUGGCUACUGUGUCGUUGACCCUGAGGGCCUGGCGCCGGGGUGUCUGCCCCCCUGGACCCUGUUGCUACCCUGCCCCACACUAUGCUCCAGCGUGCCAGGACCAGGAGUGUCAGGUUAGCAUGCUGCCGGCAGGGCUCCCCCUGCCACCUGACUUGCCCCCUGAGCCUGGAAAGACCACAGCACUGUGAUGGAGGUGGCGGCUUUCCAGCCCCCUUCCUCUUCCACCCCUCAGACUGGAGUGGUCUUUUCUCACCACGCUUCAGCUUGGGUACACACACUGAGGAGACCUCAGCCUCACACCAGAAAUACUAUUUUUUUAAUACACAGAAUGUAAGAUGGAAUUUUAUCAAAUAAAACUAUGAAAAUGCAAA